AUGGAGAGAUACGCCUUUGCACGACGUGCGCUCAGCGCGAUGCCCACUACACCCGACGAUGUUGUCUUUCUCGCAGCGGUCUUUGUUGCAUUCGGUUCCGGAGCCUUACUUCUUCACUGGAUUCGCCGUGUUCGUGACAUUGGAUUGCAGAAGCAGUGGCACGAUGCGCAGAUGAGGACCUUGCAGGAAGGGUUCGCUGCUUUCGAACAGUUACCGCAGCAGUUGAACGCCAUCAACGCCAGUAUCGGCGAGCUUCGCGAGAAGGCAGAUGGAGCUACCGAUCGAUUCAAUACUAUUAGCGACCGUGUUAACGAUCUCAGCCAACAUGUUGAUCAUCUCCAAACCGUUGGCGCUGGCACUCACGAUGUCAAGAGGCCCUCGACUGUGCAGCCAACAACGGAUGCGAACGAGCUUGUGGCGGUCAAAUCACAUAUAAAGAAUUUGGAGAGCAAGAUGAGCGAGAUUACCAAACAAAAGGCCGUGCUAGAGCAGGCCAAUGUGAGCUUGAAGGAAGAUCUUGAGCGCGCCACCAAGUCCGAUGGAGAGGAGAAGAGUGAUGAGUACAAGACACUGCUCAUGCAGAAUGAAGAGCUUCAAACUCAGGUCACCCAAACUGAACGGUCUUUACGAAUCCUUGAGCAAGAAAAGGAGCGCGUUGCUGCCAAUGGAGACCCCGCGAUGAAGCAGCAGGAGGAAACGAUAAGAAACUACGAAAACGAGAUCGAGGGACUAGAGGAAAGACUGGCAUUGGCUCAAAACGAUCGGACUACGGCGAGAGACGAGAUGACGCAAAUGUCGUCUGAACUCGAAGAAUUGGAGAGUAAGCUAUCAACGGCGCAGAGCGAUCAAGAUGAGAUGAGAAAAGAGAACCUCAGUCUGUCUUCGGAGGUCAGUGAAUUAGAGACAAGCCUAUCAUCAGCUCGAAGUGAUCAGCAAAGAAUGGCACAAGAGAUCCAAAACCAUUUGGCUGUAGUCCAACGACUACGAGAUGAUCUGUCGUCAGCUGAGCAUGAACGGGACCAGCAAAGGGAAGCAAACGAGAGCCUCGCUGGGCUGAAUGAGAGCACAGGACAGCCGGAAGCGGAUCAGAGCGCGAUCGUAGAUCUCAAAGAAAAGCUAAAGGCAGAGACUCUCAAGAGCGCUGACUUAAAAGUCAGAAACGAUGUACUCACUAAAGACAUCGGAAAGAACGAGGCCCAUAUCGAAACGAUGAAAGCAGAUGAAGUGCAGAACAAGCAGCAGCUGGACCGUCUCACGAGCCAAGUCGAGUCGUUGGAGAGGCAAAAGAUGGAUUUAGAAGCGACGUUGGAAGAGCACAGUCAGGCAAAGGAAAGUGAGGAUCAAGCUGAGGAGCAUGGCGAAGGACUACAGGACAACAAUUCUAGUGACACUCCAGAGCAGAGAGACGAGUCGCAGCCAGAUAUGACGAAGUUGCCGACCUCGCCUCAGCAGUCGAACACGUCAGGAACUGCACCUGAUGAUAGCUGGGUAGAGGUCGCCGCUCAACCUCCCACAGCCCCAGACGGAAGACCGACGACCGAUGGCGAAAGCGCAGAAGUUGAUGAAGCCUUAAGUCCUGUAGUGAAACUCCCCAUGGCGCCAGCCGCCGAGGCCAGUGGAAGACCAGCCACAGGAAAAAGCUGGGCAGAUGACGAUGGACAAGAUUUCGAUCCAGAGAUCCAGAGAUUUGCUGCUAGAACGGCAAGCCUUCCAAGUGCGCCCUCAUCAAUCAACUCUCCAGCGCAAGAGAGCCCCGACUCCCCAGCCCCCAAACCACAACCUACUAUCGAUACUAGUAUGGCCAACAAUGCUUCAGGCGCGACCACCCCGCAUAGCAACGCAUCGUCACUGCCAGUUGGCCCGUCCCCUACGUCUGAUACUGUAACAGCCCUUUGCAAGUACUGUGACAUUGACGUCCCGGUCGACAUGAUCCAAUUGCCCAAUGCAUUCGAGAGAGACAGGUUGCAAGAAUAG